UCACAUCAAUCCUCUUUCUCACUUGCCAAACUUUCUCAAGAAACAAACAAUGGGUGGAAAUCCCCCCUGCGCUUCAUGUAAGUUGCUGAGACGCCGGUGCGCCAAGGACUGCAUUUUCGCGCCUUACUUCCCCUCAGAAGAUCCCCACAAGUUCGCUAUUGUCCACAAGGUCUUUGGCGCUAGCAAUGUCAGCAAAAUGUUACAGGAAAUUCCGGUUCAUCAAAGAGCAGACGCAGUGAGCAGUUUAGUGUACGAGGCAAAUGCGAGAAUGAGGGACCCAAUUUACGGUUGUGUUGGGGCAAUUUCUUACCUACAAAACCAAGUUUCUGAGCUCCAAAUGCAACUCGCAGUUGCUCACGCGGAAAUCCUCUGCAUCCAGAUGCAGCAAGAGCCGAUGGUGGCAACAUCCCCACCGCAGAUAUUCGACCCAGCUAAUGAUCAUGAUGAUCAGAAAUCAUAUUUUGUCGGCCACAACAACAACCUCGUCCCAGCUGAUCAGUUCCAUAAGUUUGCCUCCGCAAGCAAUAUUGUAGUUCAUGACUCUUUCAAAAGAGAGAGCAUUUUCGGCCAUGAUAUGGUCUCUUUAUAAUAUAUAUAUAUAUAAUUUAGUUUCUCAUGUUGUUACUCAAAAGCCCUCAAGUUUAGUUGAGAUUACAACGAUAAAUAUUAUUAGU